AUGUCUCCUGCCCCAGAGUCGAGCUCUCCGACGGGCUUUUCCUGGCUCGACCUAUUCGACGAUCUCCCUUCCCAAUCACCUCAUAACCCGCCUCCCACUCUCUCCCCGCUAUCUGUCACCACCCCUUCCCCCUCGCGUACGCCUGCUGGCCAGGUGCACGCCGCUUUCCCCUCCACUCCAGCCAGCUCUGUCCCUGCUCUAUCCUACAGCAAUUCGCCUUGUUCCCCUGGAAGCAUCAUCCAAACUCCUCGGGCGUGCCAUUCGCUUUUGGAGCCUAUUGUGGUGGACCCAGAUGAGAAUCCCUUCGUCGCCUUCGAGUCUCAUGGCGAACAAGACAGGCCGUCGGUGAUUGCACGCCCCAAACGACCGCCCCCUCCCACCUUCCAGCUUCCCCAGGACUGGGUGACAGAAACUCCUACCCCCAUUCGCUUUCACGCCGAUACAUUCGACAUCCCUGAACGGCCCAUCUUCCCUCCUCCCACUGUUCCCAUCGCUCGGGCCGACGAGCCCGAACAAGUCAAUGUCGGCCUGCGAUGGCUGGCGCACAUGCCCAACUCCGGCGGGCUCCUACCUUCUAUAGCCCGCCUUCGAGAGUCAAUGGAAGAUGCGCCCAGGGUCUGGUCCAAUAUAUCGGGCAUCAGCACGUACAUCAACAAUCCCAAGCGGCGGGUCUGCUGUACCCCGACACAGUCCACGGCGCCGGCGCCGUCGGCUGAUUGCUCGGCUUUUCAAAAUGAGAUGGAUGAGUUGAUGGAGGACUGGAGAGAGACAAGUAUGGUGCAUGGGGUCUAUACCGUGAACCUUUUGAGUAGUGAUCCCGAGGUCCUCGAGAGGUCGAAAGUUAGUGUUAUCGAGGAGAUGAGACAAGCGCGCGACCUAGGAUUUCGGGCCCUUAUUAUACACCUUGGAUCCGAAGGCCAAGGAGUGAAAUCUUCCUCCCAUCGCCACCAAACCCUUUCGCGCCUCAUUCCAACCCUUCAGCACAUCAUAUCCUCCGUCCCUGACGUCACGCUCGCCCUCGAAAACACUUGCCACUCCUCCCCCUCUUCCCUCACCAACCUCGCCUCUAUUGUAGAGAUCUUGACUCAUUUUCCACCGUCUCGGCUGAAGCUUUGUCUCGACCUCUCGCAUUUGUACGUGAACGAGUUGGAUUUGAAUGAGGUGGAAGGGAGAAAUGCGAUGUGGGAGCUGUUGGAUCGCGUUGGGUGGAAGAGAGUGGUAGGGGUGCACGUGAGCGACAAUCACGUUGAGCAUGGCGGGAAAGGUGACAGGCAUGCGAACGGCCACAUCACUCCCUCGUCCCUUCGAUCCAUCCUCUCGCAACCGUUCUUCAAGACCGUCCCACUCCUCCUCGAGUCUCCCCCUUAUUUCAAAAACUUCCCUAUACCCUCCGAGUCCAUCCGCCGCAUGCCCCGAUACGCCACCAAGAUCAUCUCUCUCGAGCACGAACGCUCUGCUCUCGAACGGGGCAUCAUCGAGUGCAUGAUUCAUCUUUCCGAUGACGAGUGGCACGGCAAGGGAGAGGUAUGUUUAUGGGCCACCUACAAUGAGAUGAGGAAGGCGGUGGAGAGGAAGAUCUACAACAUCGUGAAGAAACAAGGUGGAGGGAUCUGGUUGUCAUUCUCGAAGGGGAGGAGGAAAGUAGUCGAGCAGCUCAGAGCGACAGAGGGCGCAAAGCGAAAGAAGAAGAAUAGGGCAAAACGAUGA